CAACCUUUGUAAUGACUAAUGGCUUCCUCCACCUUCAUUUUGUGUUUCCUUGCCUUCUCAUUGCUACUUGGUCUCGUUAGACUGACUAGAGCGUCGAAACUCGAGAUUGAGGAGUUGUCGUGGCUCGAUGAUGACAAGGAUGAGGAGAUCAACAUGGUCCUGGGACGUCACGAUUCACUAAGAAAAUGUGAUUUUGGGUCGGGAAAAUGGGUGUAUGAUCAAACCUAUCCUCUUUACGAUGCAGCCACUUGCCCGUAUCUUAGUACUAGAGUAACUUGUCGAAAAAAUGGGAGGCCCGAUUCUGAUUACGAGAAAUGGAGAUGGAAACCACAUGGUUGUAACAUUCCUAGGUUUGAUGCAUUGGAGUUUCUUGGAAGAAUGAGAAGGAAAAGAAUAAUGUUAGUAGGUGAUUCCAUAAUGAGAAACCAAUGGGAAUCUCUCGUUUGCUUGGUCGAAUCCGUAGUGCCAACUGACCGCAAAACGGUUACUUAUGCAGGCCCAACGAUGGCCUUCCAUGCCCUGGAUUUUGAGACAUCUAUUGAGUUUUGUUGGGCCCCACUUCUUGUUGAACUGAAGAAAGGGCCUGGAAACAGGAGGAUUUUGCAUUUGGAUUUGAUAGAAGAGAAUGCCAAGUAUUGGAGAGCUGCUGAUGUGUUGGUUUUUGAUUCGGCACACUGGUGGACCCACUCUGACAAAUGGACCUCGUGGGACUUGUUGAUGGAGGGAAAGCAUGUAGCCCGGGAUAUGAACCGAAUGGUUGCAUACCAAAGAGGGCUUCGAACAUGGGCUAAAUGGAUCGAUUUGAACCUCGACCCACGUCAGUCCCGUGUCAUAUUUCGUAGCAUGUCACCUCGGCAUAAUAGGGACAAUGGAUGGAAAUGCUACAAGCAAAGGGAACCGUUAGCGUAUGCUAGUCACCCCCAUGUACCUGAAGAGAUGAUGAUUCUUAAAGGCGUGCUAAAAAGUAUGAGAUUUCCUGUUUAUCUACAAGAUAUAACUGCUAUGUCAGCUCUACGAAAAGACGGACACCCAUCUGUUUACACACAAGCUGGUGGAGAUAAAGUCGAGAAACAACACGGGACGGGCCAUGGUUCGGCUGAUUGUAGUCAUUGGUGCCUGCCUGGUGUUCCUGAUAUCUGGAAUGAGAUGCUAAAUGCUAUGCUUUGAAGAUUAAAUAAUUACCGUUGAUGGAUGGUUAGGUUAAUGAAAUUAAAUCACGUGUGGUUUAUUUGGAUUGUAACCUCCCUCUUGUUGGUAGUACUAGUUAAUUAGGUCCGUUUAUUUUAACUAAUAUUUCAAGUUCCGAGUUCUGGUCUCUUAAA